AUGGAGGAUUUUAAUCCCAGUCUGCCUGACAGCCUAGCCAAUGUUCUCUCCAUCACCCCAAUCCUCUAUGAGCCAUUGGUAACCUUGGAGUACGACAAGGAGUUCUCCCCUCGCCAGCGACACCACAAAGAGUUCAAGUUCAACUUAUCCCAGAUUCCUGAGGGUGAGGCGGAGCAGGAAGAUUUUUUGCUAACUUUGUCAGAAUACAUGGCUUUCUCUGGCCUCCAGGAAAAGCUUUAUAGUGAAAACACUAAGAUUGCAGGACAGGGCGAGAGUGAGCUAAGGGGACAGCGGCCGUUCACGGCACUGCCUCUUCUUUCUUUCAGAGACUCUGACCUCUUUCUGCUGGACACCCGCGUAGUGUGGGCCUCGGAAGAAGGCUGGCUGGAAUUUGACAUCACGGCCACUAGCAAUCUGUGGGUCGUGACCCCACAGCACAACAUGGGGCUUCAGCUGAGCGUGGUGACUCGGGAUGGACUCAGCAUCAACCCCCGAGCUGCAGGCCUGGUGGGCAGAGACGGCCCAUAUGACAAGCAGCCUUUCAUGGUGGCCUUCUUCAAAGUGAGUGAGGUCCACGUGCGCACCACAAGGUCAGCCAGCGGUCGGCGUCGCCAGCAGAGUCGCAACCGCUCCACCCAGGCCCAGGACGUGUCCCGGGUCUCCAGCGCUUCAGAUUACAACAGCAGUGAGUUAAAAACAGCCUGCAGGAAGCAUGAGCUUUAUGUGAGCUUCCAAGACCUGGGAUGGCAGGACUGGAUCAUUGCACCCAAGGGCUAUGCUGCCAAUUACUGUGAUGGAGAAUGCUCCUUCCCACUCAACGCACAUAUGAAUGCCACGAACCAUGCGAUCGUCCAGACACUGGUUCACCUUAUGAAUCCUGAGUAUGUCCCUAAACCGUGCUGUGCGCCAACUAAACUAAAUGCCAUCUCAGUUCUUUACUUUGAUGACAACUCCAAUGUUAUCUUGAAGAAAUACAGGAAUAUGGUUGUAAGAGCUUGUGGAUGCCACUAACUUGAAACUGGUUGCUGGGGUCAGAGGUACUGCCUUGGACUCCUAGCUUACACCUGCCUUAAGCAGCACACUGACGCAGUGAAAGUGGGAUGAUGACUUUGAAACCAUCUCUUGCCGGUUGGUGCCUUACUGCCCAAGGAAGAUGUUAAAGGGGCUCAGUAAUGAUUUGCCCAUGUAGUAAAUAACGUGAAUAGUUGGUCUGUAGGAGGCUAUUUGAAUGUCUGUAGUAUGGAAUCUGGACAUUGCAGAAACAGAACUUUGAAGGGUUCCUCUUCCCCCAUAAAAGCCCACCAAAAUUAGUUUUAGCUUUCUAUCAAGCUAUUUGUGGUAUUAUUGAGUAAACAGGGAAAAUAAUUUUAAAGAAGUAUAAGUAUUCUUGGCUGAAGUAUCAGCCAAUUUAGAAUGUUUCUCAAAAAUAGAUCUACAGUUAACAGAAAUGGGGGGCGGGGGGAAUGCCUCUAUUCAAGGAUUUCAUUCCCAGGAAGGCCAGUUUCAUAUAAAAUCAACAGCCCAAGCCAUAAUCAGGGCCACGUGGAAGUGCCUUUUGUCCAGUAACUGCUGUUACCUGUUUGUGCUGGUGUUCUGUUGGUGUGAAAAUAGAAUUAUUUCAGUUAAAACAAACCAUGUGAUUUCCACACGUCAGUCCUCCCCCAUUUGCGGUUUCCUUUACGAGCACCACCAGCAGAAGGCUGGUGCUCUGAUGGGAGCCACAGGGUGGGGCAUCCUCAGUGGCCACCACGGCACCCAGGUGACAGGUGAAAGCAGUGCUGCACCUCCUCCUGUUCGGAACGGCUCUGAAAGCACAGUAACUUCAGGAACGCUGGCUCUCAUAUCUCAUCUACUUCAGUAAAACCGGUCUUGCCCUUUUACUGUACAGCAUUCCGUGUCAUAGGUGAGAACCAACAAAGGACAUAAACUGAGCGAGGGGUGCUAGCCUUUAGGAAUGGGUUUGGAUGGCCAUGCUGUUGAUGAAUCGAAAUCAGUUUUCUCUUGUAGAAAGUAAGACUCAGAUUAAUUUUAGAAUAUUUUUUAAAUGUCUUUCUCACAAUCAUAUACUAGGAAACCAAUUUCAUAUUAAGCUGAUUAAAUAAUACAUGUAUGAUCUAUAACUGUUUGCACUUACAGCUUUUUUGUAAAUAUAAACUAUAAUUUAUUGUCUAUUUUAUAUCUGUUUUGCUGUAACAUUUAAGGAAAGACCAGACUUUUUUUUAAAAAAAAGAGUUUAUUUAGAAAGUAUCAGAGU